CGUUGUGUCUAUGUCUGUUACAGUUGAUGUGUCACAACCGACACUGUACGAUAUAUUAUUGCUAAUAUCCCACUUCAAAGACAAUGAUACAACAUUGCUACUCUUUUUUGUCUUGUUGAUUGAGAAAAUGGGGUAGGAAAAACCAACUUUUUUGUUUUGUUGAAUCAUCUGGUUCUUGGUGAUGCUGAUGAUAUCAAUGUCAGAUUUUAUGAUUGUGGGGUUUGGUUGAUCAUCCAAACUCAUUCCAAGCUUCAUACUUUUUGUGAUUUUGUUGACACCCUUUUGCUUAAUUUAGGUGAUACUAGUUGAUCAGUGUUAAACUUCAAGUUCAUUCACUUUGUCGCCUUCGAUAUAGAAUUUUCUGAAGUCUGAACAUCUUAGACAAGAAGCUCCCAACUUUGAUAAUAUUUGAAAGGUACAAGAUACGGCAAAACAGACUUGAAGAGUUUCAAAUAAGAACAAUACUAAUAUCAGGUUUUCGCCGAAUCAAAACCACCUGUGCUGUUGUUGCUUUUUGCUAGAGUUAUGGCUACCUUGUCAGAAUCUGAGUCCAGACGCUUAUAUUCUUGGUGGUGGGAUAGCCACAAUAGUCCAAAGAAUUCAAAAUGGCUUCUGGAAAAUCUUACAGAUAUAGACACUAAAGUCAAAUCAAUGAUCAAGCUCAUUGAAGAGGAAGCAGAUUCAUUUGCAAGGAGGGCAGAAAUGUACUAUAAGAAGCGGCCGGAACUCAUGAAGUUAGUGGAGGAGUUCUACCGAGCUUACCGUGCGUUAGCAGAGAGAUACGAUCAUGCAAUGGGGGAACUACGCCAUGCACAUAAAACAAUGCCAGAAGCAUUUCCCAACUCAGCAUAUUACAUUCUAAAUGAUGAUUCACCAUGCGGUUCUUUAGGCCCUGAUGCUGAAUCACACACAUCAGCCCGACCAACUCAUCGAUCAAAAAAGAAUGAAAGGAGUUCAGAAGAAUCUAAUGGUGAGGUUCAAACCUUAAGAGAAGCCCUGGCCAAAAUGCAGUCUGAUAAGGAUGCUCUCUUUCUUCAGUACCAGGAGAGUUUGGAGAAUUUAUCCAAAAUGGAAACAGAUCUUAACAAGGCACAAAAUAAUGCUAGAGGCCUCGAUGACCGAGCAAGUGAAGCUGAAAUUCAAGUCGAAAUAUUGAAGGAAUCUCUGAUGCAGCUAAAAGCAGAUAAGGAUGCCGGUGAAGUUCUGUACAAUCAGUGUCUAGAAACUAUAGCUAGACUUGAGUCAAUGUUAUCUCAGAAGGAUAACAUUGAAGCCAAAAACCUAAAGCAAGAACUUACCAGAGUGGUAGUUCAGAAGGAUACUGUUCUUCUUCAAUAUAAGCAAUGUCUUGAAAAGAUUCCAAUGUUGGAGAACAAAAUAGCCCUUGCUGAGGAGAAUUCCAGGAUGCUUAAUGAUCAAAUUGAAAGAACAGAGCUGGAAGUUGAAACAUUGAGGAAAAAUCUUGCUGAGAUGAAUGAAGAGAGAGAUUCUCUUUCUGUCCUUUACCAUCACUGCCUGGAGAAAAUAUCUAAAAUGGAGAAUGAAAUUCUGCAUGUGCAAGAAAAUGCCGAACAACUAAAAAACAAAAUUGAAAAAGAGGCUGAAAAACUUGAGAUUUCUGAAAAACAUCGUGGUAUGUUGGAGAAAUCAAACCAAAAUCUUCAGUUAGAGGCUGAAAAUUUAGUGCAGAGGAUAGCAUCGAAAGAUCAUGAGCUUCUAGAGAAGCAUACUGAGAUAGAGAGACUGCAAACUCUGAUGCAUGGAGAGCAUUCUAACUUUAUUCAAAUUGAAUCAGCUCUACAGGCUCUGCAAAAGUUGUACUCUCAAUCACAAAAGGAGCAAAGAAAUCUUGCUUUGGAGCUUAAAUAUGGGCUUCUUCUGUUGAAGGACUUGGAACUUUCCAAACAAGAUUUUAAGGAAGAGAUGCAAGGGAUUGUGGAAGAAAACAAGACUCUUCAUGAACUUAACUUCUCUUCCACCAGGUCAUUAAAAAAGCAGCAAAUGGAAAUCUCUAAGUUGAAGGAGAUCAAAGAGAAACUUGAACGAGAGUUUCACACAAGCACUGAAGAAAGCAAUGUCCUCCAGCGUGAAACUCAUCAGAUAAAAGAUGAUAUACAGCACUUGAAUGAGAGAUAUCAGGCUAUGCUUGAACAACUACAGAGUUUAGGUCUGAAUCCUAAUUCUUUUGCAGCAUCUGUAAGAGAUCUACAAAAUGAGAACUUCAUGCUAAAAGAAACCUGCAAAAAAGAACACAGUGAGAAAGAAGCUCUUCGUGAAAAAUCGAAAGACAUGAAUGAAGUUUUGAUGGAAAAUGCCUGUAUGGAAUUUUCUCUGUUAGGACUGAAUGAUGAGUUAGAUGGAUUGAGAGGAACAGUGAAGGAAAUUCAACAGUUCUGCCAAGUUCUCCAAGAAGAAAAAUCCAUUCUUGCUGAUGAGAAAUCAACCCUUCUUUCACAGCUGCAAAUUAUCACUGAAAGUAUGCAGAAGAUAUUGGAGAAUAAUACUGUGCUGGAGAAGUCCCUCUCUGAUGCUAAAAUUGAGUUUGAAGGUUUGAGAAUUAAAUCAGGUGAUUUGGAAGACUGCUGCAAAUUGCUAAAUGAUGAGAAAAACAAUCUUCAAAAUGAAAGAAGCAUGCUAAUAUCUCAAUUGGAGAUUGUUGAAGAAAAGCUAAGUAACCUUGAAAAGAAGGUUACAAAUUUGGAAGAAAAAUAUGCUGAUGUGGAGAAAGACAAAGAAAGUGCAGUCAAUCAAGUAGAAGAACUCUUUGCUUCAAUUUUGGUACAAAAAGAGAAUCAUUCUAAUCACAAACACUCAAGUGAAGCGCGACUGGCAAAUUUGGAGAAUAUAGUCCGUGUACUGCAGGAAGAACAGCGGUUGGGGAAGGUAGAAUUCGAACAAGAACUUGACAGAGUUGUAAAUGCUCAAAUCGAGAUGUUCAUUUUGCAAAAUUGUAUUGAAGAGUUGGAGCUGAAGAACUUUGUCUUGUUAACUGAAUGUGAAAAACUCGUUGAGGCAUCAAAAUUUUCUGAUAAAGUAAUCUCGGAGCUGGAGAGCGAAAAUCUUAUGCAACUUAUUGAAGAAGAGUUUUUGUUACAUAGAAUCAGAAAGUUUAAAAUGGAUAUCCAUAAAGUGUGUGGUGUUCUUCAGAUUGAUUCAGACGGAGGGGGUGACAAUGAAAUCAAGAAAGAGGAAAUACCAAUAUCGCGUAUACUGGACAAAAUUGAGAGCUUGGAAAGUUCUCUAGUUAAAAGUCAAGAGGAGAAUCAGCAGCUGCUUGUAGAGAACUCUGUCCUCCUAGGUUCACUUCAGCAGCAUCAAUCUGAGGGAGAAAAACUUAAGUUGGAGAAAAAGACAGUGGAGCAAGAGUUUGAGAACAUGAGAGAGCAGAACGUAAUCUUGCAGAAAGAUAAAGUUGAACUUCUAGAGGAGAACAGGCAACUGAGGAUUGAAGUAGUAAAUGGAGUGGAAAAAGAAAAUAGAUCAAAGUCCACUUUGGCGGCUCUGCAGGCUGAGAUGAUAGAAUUGCGGCAAACAAAUCAAGUGUUUCAAGAAGAAAAUGGUAAGAUGCUUGACGAGAAAAAUUCAUUGUGUAGGAAUGUUUCGGACCUCAAAGAUGCAAAGUCCUCUGCUGAAGAUGAGAACAGUGUAAUGUUCCAUGAUGUACUAGCUCUAAGCAACCUCAAUUUGGUUUAUGAGAUUUUUUUCACUGAGAACAUGGUUGAAAAAAGAGCACUUUGUGAACAUCUUGGCAAUCUUAGCCAUUUGAACAAUGACCUUAACCAAGAAUUUGGUGUGUUAAGGAAGAAUUUUGAGGUGAAAGAAGCGGAAAAUGUUUAUCUGAAUGAGUCAAUUGAGAGAAUGGACAAAGAGCUGCUGGAAAUGGAUAAAAGGCUGAAGGCUGCAGAGACGUCGAAUGCAGAGUUUUCCAGACAUAUUGAGGAGCUGAAGAUGGAACAAGAAGAAUCAACAAAGAUCAAAGAAAAUCUAGACAGACAGAUUCUUGAACAAUCGGAAAAUUGCAUGAAUCACAAAAAAGAAAUUGAACACCUUAAUGAAGCAAAUGAAACAUUACAGUUUGAGAUGAAAACACUACUUCAUGAAGUUGAACAACACAGGGUUAGGGAAGAAGCACUGAAUUUAGAGUUGUUGAAUAAAGAAAAUGAGUUCAAACUUUGGGAGAAUGAGGCUGCUGCAUUUUAUCAUGAUCUUCAGAUGUCAUCUAUUUGUUUAGCUCUGUUAGAAAGCAAGGUUAGCGAGCUUACUGGAGUUUGCAAGAUACUCGAUGAUGAAAGUUCGGCAAAAAGCUUGGAGAAUGAACACAUGAGAGAAAUAAUCAGCUUACUGGAAAGUGAAAUUGGAGGACUGAAGGAACAGUUAUCAGCAUAUGUUCCUCUCGUUUCUUCUUUAAAAGAGGAUUUUAAUUCUCUAGAGCACAUUUCCCUCCUUUGGACUAAAAGAAAUUCUGUGGUAGGCAAUGGAGCGCAAAAGGAUGUAGUGAUUGAGACCUGUCUCCGGAAACAUAGCCAUCAAAGUGCAAGAGAAAACGAAAUUGUGUUAAUACCAGAUGGAGUUUCAGAUUUGCUGACAUUGCAGACAAGGAUCAGAGCAGUUGAAAAGAUUAUGAUGGAAGAACUCAAAAGACGUGUCAAGCAGAAAAGUCUGACCACAGAAUCAACUCCAUAUUCAAGUUUGGAAAUUGCCACAUAUCCAAAAGUUGAAAAUAGAAAAAAGGAGAUUGAACUUGUGGAAGAGAAUGUAUUUGACCGCAAUUCGUGGAGAAAAAAACCUAAAAUAAGGUUAUUGAUGAAAGACAUUCCACUUGAUCGCAAUGUGGAUGAUCAAAACUCCAAGUAUUUGAAGAGAGAGCAUAGAAGGACUAAUGAUCAUGUGUUAGAGUUGUGCGAAAAUAAUGAGCAUGAACCAUUAUCUGCGCCAACAGUGGACCAUGCUAUGAUAUGCCAUCGUUCAGAUGAUUCAGGAAGAUAUCUAAAUUACUCCUCAGAAUUGGACAUAGAGAAGGAAUUGGGAGUUGACAAGCUCGAGUUGUCGAAAAGUGUAAAAGAGAAAACUGAAGAUGACAAGAGGAGGAUCUUGGAGAGGCUUUCCUCGGAUGGUCAGAAAUUAGCCAUUCUUAAAAUGGCUUUACAAGACUUGAAAAAGAAAACUGAAACAAAGAAGAAAAGCAAGCAAGGAAAUGACAUCGAAUAUGAAACUGUUAAAAGACAUAUAGAAGAAGUUGAGGAAGCUGUGAUGCAACAAGUAAGUAUAAAUGAUCAAAUGGCAAAGAAUGUUGAAGAGGGAGCUUCGUCUUUAGAUAGGGAGAUUCCAAGAAGAGGUUCUGAACAAAUAGGAAAGUUGCAGUUUGAGGUGCAGAACAUCCAAUACAUAUUGCUGAAAUUGGCUGAGGAAAACAACAACAAAGUGAAAAAUAGAAUAUCUCGAAAAACAGGUAUAUUGUUGAGAAGGAAAUUGCGUGUUUGUGGAUGUUCGGGGCCAUCAACUAAUGAGGAUUGACUAAAAAGUUUAAAGACAGUAUGUAUGUUGUAAGUGCAUUGUUUUAUUUUGGAGGCUUCUACAAACUAGUUUAUCAAUGCCUAAUUUAGCUAGUAAAAUUGGAGCUUUAUUAUCAUAAGAAAUAAGAGAUUGAUUUACAUUUGCAUGUAUGCUUUAGCUUCCAAAGAAUGUUACUGAGUGACUUAUAUAUAGAAAUACACUAUAACAAUCCAUAUAACUCUACCAGAUGCUGGUUUGUAGUGUACUGUUGUGUUUUCCUUCUUUAUGGAACAUAUACUGGGAGAUAUUUUUCUGUUGUUUUCA